GCCAUGGCGCCCAAGAAGAAACGUGGGCCAAGUGCCGGGCGCAAGCAGGCGGGCGACAGUGCAGAGGGCCUGCUCUCCGAGCGGGCGCAGUAUCUGCAGCGCGAGUACUCGCUACUCUCAGAGAAACUGGUGACCUGUGAGCAGCGGGUAGAUCAGGUGCUGCAGAACAAUGCGUUCCUGGACCGCGAGGCACAGCGCUUGCGCGAAGAAAACCGGCUUUACGCCAGUUAUGUGAAUGCACACGCGCAGCGCUGCGCCAACACCAUCGUGCGUCUCGAGGACCAGAACCGCAUGGACCUGGCACAGAUCCGGUGGCAACGAGCUGAGCUGGCGUCGCUUUACCACGGGCGCGAGGAUGGAGUGCGUGCACAGCUACUGGAAAUGAAGAUGCGCGCUGAAAACAUGACACAGCAGGUGCAGGAGCUGCAGCCCUACAAGGAACUGCAGCUGGAGCAGCUGGCGCGAAUCCGGACCCUGGAGCGCGAGCUCCUGCACAUGCGCGUGGAGCAUACGCAGCUCCUCCACCGGGUGAAGCGACGCUUCCUGGAUGACAAGGCUGCUUUUGAGCGUGAGGCACGCCUGCACGUGCAGUCCCUGACGCGCCGCUCAGAACGGGAGGCGGCCCGUGCCCUCAUUUCUCACACACAGGCCAUCAAGGCGGACAACGGGCGUCUCCGACAUGAACUCCUGAGACUUCUCCACCGAGCCCACUUACUGCAGGAUAUGAGACAACAGCUGCUAGAGCAGCGAGAGCAGCUGCGCGGGGAGCACAAUGACAUGCGGAACCUGGAACGCGUUCAUGGCUGGCUGCACAGGGGACUCGGGGGGCCACCACUUUGGCAGCCGCCCCAAACUCACCAGUCCAACCUGCGCAUUGGGUCACUUGAUACCCUAUCGGAAUCAUCCUACACAACUUUAAGUGCCCAGGCUCUGGCCCAAUCACAUGCGACCUCCCGGGCCUCAUCAGUGGUCCAGUCACACCGAAUCUCCCAGACUCCUUCUGUAAUGUCCCAGGAGUCUUCUCUUGUCCCAUCUCUAAAGGCUGGGUCUGUGAUUGCUCCCCUUACUCCAUCACAUCCGGGAUCCCGAGUCCCAUCUCUGACUAUCUCGCACCGGGGCUCUGGGAUAUCGUCCCUGACCCAGUCACGAAUGGACUCCAGGGUUACAUCCCUGACUGUAUCGUCCAAUACUUCUGUCUUGCUACCGCGAUCACGCGAGGGCUCUCGGAUCUCUCCACAACCCUCCUUGCGUGAGUUCUCUCAAGACACUGACACCUCUGCAAAGUCUAGCUCCAAGCUUCUCUCAGUUCUGUCUCAGGAUCGAGUCCCUCUCAACCCACAACUGGAGGAGACAGCAAACACUGAAGAUGCCACAGAAGUUGCCUUGGGGCAAGCCUGA